CCCUCUCACGUCAAAAGAAAAAAAGGCUGUUUUUUCCUUUGACAUUUCUUUAUAAAAAUAGGUCCCAUUUUCAAUUCUUCCUACUCUUCUACUUUCUCACUCUAACCUUAGUCUCCCACCAAAUUACUUCCUAUUUCUUGUACAACCACUAUACAAGUAAUAUCUAUCUUCAGCCAUGAAUGGCAGAACAAUGAAGCUUUUUGCAUUGUUCCUCUUUUCUUUCCUACCUUUUCUUUCUGGUGCUGCUAAAUUCUCACCUAAGGUUGGUGUGAACUAUGGCACAGUAGGCAACAACUUACCAAAACCAUCUAAAUCAGUUGAGCUAAUCAAAAGCCUAAAAGCUGGGAGAGUCAAAAUUUAUAAUGCAGAACCAGAAAUUCUCAAAGCCCUUAGUGGCACAAACCUUCAAGUCUCAAUCAUGGUCCCAAAUGAGAUCAUAUCCAACAUUUCUACCAACCAAACAAUGGCCAAUGAAUGGGUCAAAACCAAUUUGGUUCCUUAUUAUCCUCGUACCUUGAUUCGGUACCUUCUUGUUGGAAAUGAGAUCCUUAGUUUCUUUAGCGAGGCAGAUAAAAAGGUUUGGCAUGCUCUAGUCCCGGCUAUGCGAAAAAUUAAUUACGCCCUUAAGACUUAUGGCAUCCGAAAAGUUAAAGUAGGAACAACUUUGGCUAUGGAUGCCCUUGAAUCGUCGUUUCCACCUUCGAAUGGUACAUUUAGGGCUGAUAUUGCUGUUUCGGUUAUGAAACCAUUGUUGCAGUUUCUUAGCAAAACGAAGUCAUUUUACUUUGUAGAUUGUUACCCUUACUUUGCUUGGGCACAAAACUCUAAAGAUAUUAGUCUAGAUUAUGCUUUGUUCAAAGGGAGUAAAAAGUACAAUGAUCCUGUUAGUGGGUUGACAUAUACCAAUUUGCUGGAUCAAAUGCUUGAUGCUGUGUAUUUUGCUAUGAAAAGAUUAGGGCACCCAGAAGUUAGAAUCUGGAUUGCUGAAACGGGUUGGCCUAAUGGCGGGGAUGUUGAUCAAAUUGGGGGUAAUGUAUAUAAUGCCGCGACUUACAAUAGAAACUUGAUUCAAAGGUUGAAUGCUAACCCUCCUAUUGGAACUCCUGCUAGACCUGGUGUUGUUUUACCUGCCUUUAUUUUUGCUUUGUUUAACGAGAACCAAAAAGGGGGGCCUGGUACUGAGCGACAUUGGGGGCUAUUUUACCCAAACGGGUCGAAUGUUUAUCCUAUUGAUUUGAAAGGCGAGACCUAUGUAUCGUCGUAUCCACCUUUGCCAAAACCGUUGAACAAUGAACCCUACAAGGGUAAAAUAUGGUGUGUAGUGGUCAAGGGAGCAAACAUGACUCAAUUAGGAGAUGCUGUAUCGUAUGCUUGCGGUCAGGGAAAUGGGACUUGUGCUGCUAUCCAACCCCGGGGCAAAUGUUACAAGCCAAACUCUUUGAUUGCCCAUGCUAGCUAUGCUUUCAGUUCAUAUUGGGCACAAAUGAGGAGUCAAGGUGGUACUUGUUUCUUCAAUGGGCUUGCUGAGCAGACCACCAUAAAUCCCAGUCAUGGUAAAUGCAAGUAUCCAAGUGUUACUCUUUCUUGAAGAUUGUUUAGUUUGAAGUAAGAUCCCAAUAUUUUUGGGGUAGUGAUUUAGAUGCCCAUAACUAUCUACAUCUAUGUAAUUCUGACUAUUCAACUCCAGGAAACUACACCAAAUAGGCUGAAUGCUGGCUGCCUUAAGAUAAUUAUUGUGGCGUUGUGGCAUUACAAUCACUAUUGACUUCCCUCAAUUUGGUACCAGUCUUUUCUAGGAAACAUCCAAGUUUUGUUGGCUGUAUCUAUCAGACAUCUGUUCAUUGGGAAUUGCACUAAUUUUUCAUAUUAGUGGCAAUGACCCAUUUGAUUGUAGUUGAUCUUAGUUAUGUACUUUGGCUUUGCUAUCACUAUUCUUGUUUUUAUCCGUAUUCAUAGCAUUGAUUAAUGGCAAGAAAAAUUUAUAACUUA